AUGGAGUUUUCUAGGAUUUAUGAUUAUGCUGACAUGAUAAGAACUACCAACCCAGGCAGCACUAUUGUGGCGAGAACUUCAAAAGAAAUAGAACCUAGUAAAGAGAUCUUUGCGGGGAUAUACAUUUGUUUAUAUGCUUUGAAAACAUGUUGGUUAGAAGGGUGUAGAAGAGUAAUUGGAUUUGAUGGUGCAUUUCUGAAGGGAGUGUGUAAAGGUGAGCUAUUGUCAUGCAUUUCUAAGGAUGGUAAUAACCAGAGGUACCAUGUUGCUUGGGCAGUGAAGGGACUUGUUCAAGCUGUAUAUGAAUUGAUGCCAAAUGCUGAGCAUAGAAUGUGUGUAAAACAUAUAUGGAGCAACUGGAAAAGAACCUGGGGUGGUGAGGAAAGAAGGAAAAAGUUCUGGGAUUGUGCAAGAGCUUCAUUUGAAGCAUUUCUGAAGGUUAAACUAGAUGAGUUGCCAGAAUUGAGUGGCAAUAAGAUAAUAAAAGACUUGCUUAGAUAUCCCAAACAGUCAUGGUGCAAGGCCUUUUUUAAGGACUGUAGUAAGUGUGAUGUUAUGGAGAACAUCAUGUGUGAAACCUUCAACAGUUGGAUACUUACUUCUAGGCACAAGCCAAUCAUAACCAUGUUGGAAGAGAUCAGAGUAAAGGUAACAGAGAGGAUGACUAAUAUGAGAGAAUUUGCUACAAAAUGGAUUUCUGAUAUAUCUCAUAUGGCACUGGGGUACACUGAAGAGCAAUCUAUAAGAGCCACCAAGCAUGAAUAUAAAUGGAAUGGGGACACUGAAUUUGAGAUCCAAGAUGGAAUUUACAAACACAUAGUUGAUUUUGUAAAGAAGGAAUGCACAUGUAGAAUGUGGCAACUGAAAGGCAUACCCUGCUCCCAUACAUUUUGUGCAAUUUUUUUAAAAAAGUAUGACACUACUGACUAUGUUGAGCAUUGGUAUAAGGAUAAAACAUACUUCAAGGCAUUCAUUUGUUGCAUACAACCUAUGGCCAAUAUGGAGAUGUGGACUUCAACUCAAAACCCCAAAGUUGAGCCUCCUGUAAUUACUAAGAUGCCUGGUAGACCUAAGAAACAUAAAAUAAAGACCCAAGAUGAACCUAUAAAGAAAUUUGGUAAGAGAUCAAGAAAGAGAACACCAAUGACCUGUUCUUAUUGCAAGACAACAGGGCAUAACAAGAAAGGUUGUGCGAUCUUGAAAGAGCAAAGUUCAAGUGCCGGUGUUGGGAGUAGUAUUGCAAAUGCCCAGGCUACAACAGCUGCAUCAAGAUGUCAUUCUAGUACUACUACUGAUGCUGGAUCUUGGCAUGGCAGAGACAACCUAUCACUCUCAGAUGUCCUAAGGAUGGAGAUUUACAGUACAUCAUCUCAUAUGGACUUUUCAAUGGCUAAAGAUGGUAUUCUAUUGAUCAGGUACACUGCUGCAGUGGUACAAAUACCCCAGUAUUUAACAGGCAUAUGGGACUGA